GUUCUGGAUCUGCCCCUAACUCUCUCUGUCCCCAGGCUAAUCCUGGGGAUGAUGGUGACCACCUCCUUCCUGUCCAUGUGGCUGAGCAACACCGCCUCUACUGCCAUGAUGCUGCCUAUUGGCAAUGCCAUCCUGAAGAGCCUCUUUGGCCAGAAGGAGGCUCAGAAGGACCUCAGCAGGGAGUGUGAAGAGAGUACAGCUGCUGUGCGGGGAAACGGUUUGCACGCGGUACCCACGGAGAUGCAGUUUCUUGCCAGCACAGAAGACAAAGGCUGCUCUGAGGAGGCGGAGGCUCCACUGGAUCUCCUGGCAGACUCCAGGAAGGAAGAAGAAUACCGCAAGAACAUCUGGAAGGGCUUCCUCAUCUCCAUUCCCUACUCAGCCAGCAUCGGGGGCACUGCCACCCUCACAGGCACGGCCCCCAACCUCAUCCUGCUUGGCCAGCUCAAAAGUUUCUUCCCACAGUGCGAUGUGGUGAACUUCGGCUCCUGGUUCAUUUUCGCCUUCCCUCUCAUGCUGCUGUUCCUGCUGGUGGGCUGGCUCUGGAUCUCCUUCCUGUACGGGGGAAUGACCCUCAGGAGCUGGAGGCGAAAGACACCUGAGCUCAGAACUAGUGCAGAAGAUAGGGCUCGAGCUGUGAUUCGGGAGGAAUUCCAGAACCUGGGGCCCAUCAAGUUUGCCGAACAGGCCGUUUUCGUCCUUUUCUGCAUGUUCGCCAUCCUCCUCUUCUCCCGGGACCCGAAGUUCAUCCCUGGCUGGGCCAGCUUCUUCACCCCUGGGUUUCUUUCUGAUGCUGUCACCGGUGUGGCCAUUGUUACCAUCUUGUUCUUCUUCCCAUCUCAAAAGCCUUCUCUCAAGUGGUGGUUUGACUUUAAAGCUCCCAACACAGAGACAGAGCCCUUGCUGACGUGGAAGAAAGCCCAGGACAUGGUGCCCUGGAACAUCAUCCUUCUCCUGGGAGGGGGCUUCGCCAUGGCCAAAGGCUGUGAGGAGUCGGGGCUGUCGGCAUGGAUCGGUGGGCAGCUGCAUCCCCUGGAGAACGUGCCGCCCAUGCUGGCUGUGUUGCUCAUCACUGUGGUCAUCGCCUUCUUUAGAAUAAAUCUCCCCAGACCAUCCUCCCCAGUGAACCUGCAGUGUAGCCCCAGAGAGUCACUAACCUUGGCGAUGUUCUCUCCAUGUCUCCCUUGCUCUGGUUCUCUCCUUGUCUGUCCAUCUCUACUCCUGCCUGUGGAUCUGUGUUUCUGGCUGCAUUUCUCUUUGUGUGUCCCUAAUCUGCCUUCUCAUUUGUUUCUGUUGUUCUCUGUCACUCUGCCAAUUUCUGUCUAUGUGUGGUCUGUGCUGUUCUCCUGUCUCCAUGACCUGCUGUGGUCUCUCUGUAUUUCCCUGUGUCUGGGUCUCUCCCCCGACUGCUGGGCCCAGGCCCUCCGCCUGAGAGUGCACCCCCUGUACCUGAUGAUUCCUGGCACAGUCGGCUGCUCCUACGCCUUCAUGCUGCCAGUCUCUACGCCUCCCAACUCAAUCGCCUUUGCCUCUGGACAUUUGCUGGUCAAAGACAUGGUGCGGACUGGCCUCCUGAUGAACCUGAUGGGCGUGCUGCUGCUCAGCUUGGCCAUGAAUACUUGGGCACAGACCGUUUUCCAGCUGGGCACCUUCCCGGACUGGGCCAACAUCCACUCAGCCAACAUCACAGCACCGCUAUCUGCCUUGGCCAACAACACAUCUCGGACCCUCUGAGUCCCCCUUGGAGACUGUCGUCGGGCUGGGCCCUUUCAGAAGGCUUUGGCCAUCACCUCUUGCUGGGACUCUACAGGAUGAUCAAGCAGUUACUUUCUGUGACCCAGCAUGCAGCAAGCAAGGGUGGCCUCCAGCCGAUCCACAGGUUUAUUAUCUAGGACACCUUCUCCUCUCAUGUGCAGUUCAGGGCCCAGAUAUCCCCAGGUCUGCUGCCUGAGAAACAAGCUCCUUUAUCUCUGAGCUGUUAUGUGGUUAGGAUGCAAGAAAGCCCAAUUUUAGCAAUAAUAAACAAACCUGGAGUGGCGUUUGUCUUGAACACUUGGGAUAGGAGGCCACCUGUCCCCAUGGGUAUGGUUAACAUCGCCCCUUGACUGCUUUGGGUUAUGCUCUGGAGAGAUCAUCUCGCCUUUAGGGAUACCUCCCUUGGAGAGGCUUUGGGAUGACCCCAACCAGUGUUCCAGAUGUUCUCAACCAGUGUGGGUUCUGCUUGGGUGGUGCCCACUCUGUGCCAGUUGUGGGAAUAUUACCCCUGUUGAUACCCAGCCCCCAGAGUUAUUUUCAGUCCCUGGAGGCAGGGAGAGGGGCAGAUGACUCCCUGCGAACAUGGAAACUGCAGUCUCCUUGCUGCUCCCCAAGCACACCAAGGGGAGAUCUAGAAACACCAGCUAAUAUCUCUACCCAAGCUAUUUAGGAUUUUCCUAUUUAAUCUGAUUCAGGUCUGCCAUAGUCCUGGGCCCUGUGCCUUCACAGGUGACGCAUAGCCCACCAGCCAGGAACCUCCUGCCCCAGGGAGGGCCCCCGGGGCCUUGGCAGCUGCCGGUACUUCUUGCUCCAGCAGCUGCUCUUUACCUCCCUACCCCUACCCCAAGUGGUAAGCAUGUUUGAUCAGCAAAGGCCACAUCUUUCAGAGGUGAGAGAAAAGUCAAAAGAUAAACUGAGGCCUUAUAAAAGACCAGGGUAAAAUGUCUCAAGCAGGCAAAAAAAUCAUAAUCCUUUUCUGCAGACAGGGAAACUGGGAAUGCCCUGAGCCAGCAGCUUAUGGGGCUGUGCUAGAGGAUUUGUUCCCUCGUUUCCCGCAGAAGCAUCUGGGCCUCCCCAGUGAACAGCCCAGUACUGGGCUGUCAGGCAUGCAGGAAGUGCCUGAGGGAUGAGGGGCCCAGCAUUAGCCCAGCAGGAGGAAAGGCUCCAGCCGAGGCUCCUGGCAGCCAUCACCCCUUCCUGUGUCUCUAAGGGAUGAGGUUCCCCAUGCAGAGCAGCGUGGGCAAGGAAGGCAGCACCCAGAGGCUGAACUCACCCUCAGUGCAGCACAAGUGAGUCACGGAUGUGAGCAGGAGGAGGCCCCUGAGUUGCAGGCUGAGCUCUGCUUCCUUCCCCUGUGAGUACGUCAGUAUUGAGUCACAGUUACAGCCCAUGGGGGUGCUGGGCACUCCUGUGGGACAGGGGAGGGGGAAGUUCAUUCACAGAGAGACCCAUGGGACUUGUAACCAGAGGAAUCCUGAUUUCCUAUACUUCUGAUUGAACAUGCUGUAAAAUAAAGAAUGUUAAUCAUUCUA